AAAAGAAGCAUUACAUUGUGAGUUACAAGCGAGCGCCGAGCAAAACAGCCAUCAUGGAUAUGACGUCGGCAGCCGAGGCACGGAGCUGGUACGACAACCAGCGGCUCGGUGGAUCGCCCGGUACAUCGGCCGCCCUCGGUCACCAGACGGCCGCGGUCGAUCCAUCCGAGAUGAACCCAUUUUACCCGCUGGAAAAUGGUUCCCAUCGGCGGUACUACCCAACGAGUUACGGACCACACGCAUCCCGCAUGACCUCGUCCCACGUAUCACCGCAAGUCUGCCGACCGCACUUUCACGGGCCACUGUCCUGGCUGAGUGAUCCACCGAAACCGAUUGCGUCGAGCAGUGCGUGGGGCAGCCCGUUCGCCUGCCCCCAGGACCCACAGGACAAACUGAGCCAGGUGCAGACGGGCCAGUCCGGCCAGCAUAUCUUCUCCUUCCCGCCGACCCCGCCCAAGGACUCGACGCCCGAUUCGGUGCAAACGGCGCCAGCCGAAUAUCAGGCCACGAUCAACGCGUUCAUGCACCAGGCACAGGUCGGCUCGAGCAAUGCAAUCGGCGGUGGGCUGGGUGGAGGCGGCGUGAGCGGUGGUGCCACCGGACAGACGGCGGACAGUUGCGGGCUGGACGUGAAACCUUGCCUCACCGGGGGCAACGGAUCGAGUGGUGGUGGUGGUGGAGGAGGCGGAAGUGGCGGUGGCGGCCAGAACCAACCAAAGCAGCGUGAAGGUACGACCGGUAGCGGGACGGUAGGAGCGGGUGGCAACGGUACCGGUGGCCAUACGAAUGGCGGCCAACCGACCGGAAGUGGGCUCGGCGGUGUGCACGGUGGCCAAAGCAAUGCGGGCAGCGGGUCGGCGCCGCACACUUCCGGUAGCGGUGGUGGUGGUGGUGGUGGUGGCAGCCUGUUCGAUGGGACGGGCCAGUCAGCGUACGGGGGGUACGAUACGAGCGGGUACGGCUACCACCACCAGCACGGUGGUGCCACGUUUGGACAGUCGAAUCCGCGCCCUGCCAUGAACAGCCCACACAUGAAGCCGCAGCGGACGAAAGCGCGCACGAGUGCCGAGGGACGAGAGUGUGUCAACUGUGGUGCGACAUCGACACCCUUGUGGCGAAGGGACGGUACUGGUCACUAUCUGUGCAAUGCCUGCGGACUCUACUACAAGAUGAACGGCCAGAAUCGUCCACUGAUCAAACCGAAACGAAGACUGGUUAGCUCGCUUCAAAGUGCCGCCCGACGUGCCGGAACAUCGUGCGCUAACUGCAAAACGACCACCACCACCCUCUGGCGAAGGAAUCAGGGCGGCGAACCAGUUUGCAACGCUUGCGGGCUCUACUACAAGCUGCAUAACGUUAACCGACCAUUGACGAUGAAAAAGGAAGGCAUUCAGACGCGAAAUCGAAAGCUCUCGUCCAAAUCGAAAAAGAAGAAAGGAAUUCCUGGCUCGUGUCUUCCACUCGGCGGCCAUCUCGGAGACCUGAUGAAGCCACUCGACCAUAAACCUUCCUUUCCGGGAGGUUUCCCCGGUUCGAUGGGACAACACGGCCAUUUAUCUGGAGGACUACAUCCAGCACACACGCAUAUGCAUGGAGGCUGGUACACGACCGGUAUGGGAGCCCUUGGUACAUCCGGUGGACUACAAAACGGAUUCGGUGGUGCGGGCUCGUUAGGUGGUGGAGUCGUCCCGCAUUCACAGUCGUACCAUCUAGGACUUAAUUCAAUGAGCUGGCGUUCGGAGUACACGUGAUGGAGCACCGGGAACUUCAAUACCAAUCUGUUCGAGUUUAGCACCUCGCCGAAACUUCAGCAGCAACACCAGCAACAGCACCAGACAUCCCUCCAGCACCAGCAGCAACAGCAGCAGCAACAGCAGCAACAGCAACAACAGCUACUGCUGCAGCAGCACCAAAACCAGCAGUCUACCCAUCAGCUGCAACAAUCGCCAUCGUCCAGCUCGUCCCUGUCGUCGAUAGCGAAUGCUGCCUCGCUGUUGGAACAGCAUCAUCUCGGAUCGCUGCAUCAGCUGCACGAACACCAUCACGAUUCGACAGCUAGCCAGCUGCAUCUUCAUCCACAUCAACUGCAUUUAGCGACCGCAAGUCAAGUACAAAU